AUGAGUACAACAUCAGAAACACAUGAAAUUGAUUUGAACUUAGAUAUUAUUAAAAACAUUCUAGGUGUAAUUGGAGCUAUCGGAGACGCAGCACAACCAUACUUACCUCUAAUUUCAACUAGAGAAAUAGAUGCAAUAGCCCUUAAAUCUGACCUAGAAGAAAUAUCAAAGAGCAACAGAAAUAGAGCCAAGAGAUUUAAACGACCCUCAGAUUGGAAUUCUACUGACACACAAGGCAACAAAGAAUCACCUCUCAUUAAAAAACUGCUAAAUGGAGCUAUUGAAGUCGCCUGCAAAUGUACAAAAAUUAUAGAUGAUGAUACAUCUGGAAUUAUGGUUUUUGAAUGGGCAGAACUUGGCACACUUCAAGAAUUAUAUGAUGAAAAUGAUAUUGCAUGUUUCAGGAUGAUACUUUGGGAACUUGCAUUUGAAAAAAUUCCAUAUACAACUAUGGAAAUAAAUAAGAUUAAGGAGCAUGUUUUAAAGGGUAAUCGAGAAAAAAUUUCUUGGGGAGUUGGCCCACCAGAUAUCCAAAAAAUCAAAUGA